ACUUUAUACUUUUCGCAAAAACAGCCAAUACAUGAAAUGAGCAGCAAUCCGUCGCGAAUAUAUGUUGAGGAGGUGGCCGUUGAUCAAAAUGCCAGUCUGGACCUCAACUCCACAGAGGAGUCCGAUGGCAAUAUAGCAGAUAUGGAACAGUCGAUGGACAAAAGUGGAACAUUUGAACAAAGCGAGACACUUUCUGAAGCCGAAGUGACGCCACGAUCACAUGUUAUGGGCGAAGCACACAGCACGGUGUCCGAUGAUGAAGUUGAAAAAGAGGAAGAGGAAGACAGCAGUUCGAGCAGCACCGAACAAAGCGAUUCGAGCAUCUCGCUUAACAGCGAAAGCGAUGCUAUCGAAAGGGAGCACUCACCCAACACGGUGGUGGAUGUAAAUGAUGUUGCCGGCAACGAGGAUAUCAACUAUGCUGAUUCCGACAAUCAAAUACUAGCCGAGAUGUUGGCGGCGACCUAUCCCAAACCUGAUGAAGCAAUAGACGCAGAGGUCGGGGCCGAGCAGGAAGUUGAAGAAGCCAAGGAAGAUGCUGUGGAAGCAACUGAGGCGGACGCCGAGCCAGACUACGAAGUGGAAGUGGAAGUGGAAAAUGAGCCGGAAAAUGAGACUGAGAUCCAAGUGGAAGUGCCCGAAGCAGUCGAUGAGACUGCCGAAGUGAUGUCACCCAUCAACCGUCCUCCAUCUGCCAUUGAUAUGGAGGUACAACAACAGCCUGAACAAUUAGAAAAGCGUUAUACGCUAGCAAUGAGUCAAUAUGAGCGCAUCUCUGGCAGCAGCAUAGAUGAAGGCAAGAGCGAUGAUAAUGAGGAUGGUGACGAUGAGGAAGAUGAUGACGAUGACGAUGACGAGGACGACGACGACGAUGACGAGUAUGACGAGGAUGACGAAGAUGAUGACGAUGACGAAGAUGAUGAGGAUGACGAUGAUAUUGUAGAGAAUGAGGCCAGCUCGGUGAAUAAGAUAGCUGCAGCGUCCGAUCGAAAAGAUACGGAUUACUGCAACUUGCCGCUAAAGAAGAUCGAGAUCAGUGCACAUCCCGAAAAAGUCUACUAUAUUCGCCGGCAUGAUGGCACAGUUCAUGCUGGUCACGUGCUCGAAUCGCGCGUCACAGAUAAUAGCAGCAGAACGCCCAACGAGUAUUAUGUGCACUAUUUGGGCCUCAAUCGUCGCCUGGAUGGCUGGGUGGGCAGGCAUCGCAUUUCCGACAAUGCCGACGAUUUGGGUGGCAUUACGGUGCCCAGCACGAGCACCGGGAGCAGCGGUGGCCUAACCGGCGGUCACAAGCGGCAAGGCAAUAAGGAUUACUAUUUGUCCGCAUGCGAGAAUCAUGGCUACGAUUACAGCGACAAAAAGAUGACUCGCUAUCAGAAGCGACGCAACGAUGAGAUCAAUCACGUACAGAAGAGCCACGCCGAGCUGACCGCCUCCAUGGUGCAGCUGGAGAAGGAGCACGAGCAGAUAACUAAAGUCAAGUAUAUUGAUAAGCUGAUCUUUGGCUACUACGAGAUAGACGCCUGGUACUUCAGUCCCUUCCCAGGGGAGUACGGCAAGGCGCGUGUUCUCUAUGUGUGUGAGUUUUGCCUGAAAUACAUGCGUCUGGAGAAGAGCUACAGCUUCCAUUUGUAUGAUUGCAAAAAACGACAUCCACCUGGACGGGAAAUCUAUCGCAAAGGCACCAUAGCAAUCUAUGAGGUGAUUGGCAGGGAGCAACCGCUCUAUUGCCAGCUGCUCUCCCUGACGGCGAAGCUGUUUCUCGAUCACAAGGUGCUCUACUUUGAUAUGGAGCCCUUCCUAUUCUAUAUACUCUGUGAGAUCGACAAUGAUGGCAGUCACUGUGUUGGCUACUUCUCCAAGGAGAGGAAUUCGCUCGAUAAUAACAAUGUCGCUUGCAUUCUGGUGAUGCCGCCGCAUCAGCGCAAGGGCUAUGGAAAACUAUUAAUUGCCUUUAGCUAUGUAUUGUCCCGCAAGGAGGGCGUCAUUGGCAGCCCGGAGAAACCGCUCUCGGAUCUGGGGCGUCUCAGUUAUCGCAGCUAUUGGGCCUACACACUGCUCGAACUGAUGAGGGAACGUUGCUCGGCCGAGCAGACCACCAUUAAGGAGCUAAGCGAAGCCAGCGGCAUCACCCAGGAUGACAUCAUCUACACUCUGCAGUCAAUGAAGAUGAUUAAGUAUUGGAAGGGUCAGAAUACCAUCUGUGUCACGCCCAAAACCAUUAACGAUCAUCUCAAGCUGCCUCAGUUCAAGCGACCCAAACUAACCAUAGACUUAAAUUGCCUAAGCUGGAAACCCCUUAAAAAAUAAUUCAUUUACUAUCAAUUUAAGCAAUCGAAUGAAUUUUAUCAUAAUCAUUCUCAUUAUUUUUUCAGCGCAUACAUCCCACAACAGUAAUAUAAUCAAAUGUAUAUUUAUAUUCAAUACUCGUAAUAGUCUUACAUAGAUGUCUAAAAAUUAAUAAAUAAAAAUAACUCUUAA